CAAAAGAAGAAGACUUGCCGAGUUGGAUGAUGGUUGGGUCAAGUCGGAGCUCCUUUUUUCCCCCGAGUUACCAGUCGUCUUGAACGCACUGAAGUCGGAGAUUCCCAAGUUGUUUUGAACGCGGCAUAACUUACAUACAAGCUCCAUAUCAAUGGGCGCAUGAGUAUUUAAAGCAAGUUAGACUUAUUUGAAGUUUCAAGUUUUUAAAAUGUGCUUAUAGUAAUAGUUAUCUACCGGAACGUUUGUACUGUCAGAAGCUAGCUAACGUUACCACAACUUGAUUGAGAAGAGAGUUUACGGAACCAUCUAACGCUAGCUAGUGACAGUGGACCUUCUGGUUCGCUAAAUCGAUAGCCACGUUAAUAUGGUUACAAGAAGAUGACUUCGACGGGUCCUUUUUGAGCCUCACUGGACUGGAGACGUGUCACUGAUUGGCCAAUGAUUGACACGGUGUUGAAGUGAAUGCACCGGUAGUUUGCUAGCCAGCCAGCUAGCUGCUAGCUUGCUUGCCAGCUAGCUACUUCUAAGACGCCGGAGCUCGCCGGUGAGAUUGUUCGUCCGCUAAGCCUACCCAGGGAAGUGGUUUGUGCUCGUGACUAAGAUUAGCUGAAACUAGCGAGCCGGUUGUAUUGUGUGAGGAGAAGCGCAGGCUGUCAAGAUGGGCUCGUUGUUCCGAAGUGAAGAGAUGUGUUUGACCCAACUCUUUCUGCAGUCUGGAUCAGCAUACGACUGCAUCAGCGAACUGGGAGAAAUGGGUAUGGUGGAAUUCAGAGACCUCAACCCCAGCGUGAAUCUAUUCCAGCGGAAGUUUGUCACUGAGUUAAAAAGAUGUGAGGAGAUGGAGAGAAUUUUAGGGUACCUUCUAAGAGAAAUCAAGAGGGCAGACAUCCCACUUCCAGAGGGAGAAGUGAACCCGGUUGCACCCCUGCCCAAACAUGUCCUAGUUAUAAUGGAGCAGUUGCAGAGGUUGGAGGUGGAGCUGAGCGAGGUGACCAGGAAUAAGGAGAAGCUACAGAAGAACCUCCUGGAGCUGACAGAGUAUACACACAUGCUGCGCAUCACACGCAACUUUGUGCACCGCAGAGCAGAGUGUGAGCCCCCGCAGGUCCAGUAUGAGGAGUUCCCCUUCCUAGAAAAGGAUUCCAUGAUGGACUACAGCAGCAUGCAGCGACUAGGGGCCAAACUAGGGUUUAUAUCAGGGCUGAUUCAGAGAAGGAAAAUAGAGGCCUUUGAGCGCAUGCUGUGGAGAGUGUGUAAGGGCUACACCAUCCUUAGCUACUCUGAGAUUGACGAGUACUUGGAGGACCCUGACACGGGUGAGCCAACUAAGAGUGUGGUUUUCCUCAUCUCCUACUGGGGCGAGCAGAUCGGACAGAAAGUCAAGAAGAUCUGUGACUGCUACCACUGUCACGUGUAUCCAUACCCCAACAGCAAUGAGGAGAGGAAUGAUGUUGUGGAGGGACUCAGGACUCGCAUCCAGGACCUGCACACUGUACUCCACAGGACAGAGGACUACCUGAGACAAGUCUUGAACAAGGCCUCUGAGUCCGUCUACACCUGGGUCAUCCAGGUUAAGAAGAUGAAGGCCAUCUACCACAUCCUCAACCUGUGUAGCUUUGACGUCACCAACAAGUGUCUGAUAGCCGAGGUGUGGUGCCCUGUCAACGAUCUGCCCAUCCUGCGAAGGGCAUUAGAGGAAGGCUCGAGGAAAAGUGGAGCCACGGUGCCUUCUUUUGUCAACCGUAUUCCCAGCAAUGACACUCCACCAACCCUAAUAAGGACCAACAAGUUCACAUCAGGCUUCCAGAACAUAGUGGAGGCCUAUGGAGUGGGCAACUAUAGAGAGGUUAAUCCAGCUCCUUACACAAUCAUCACCUUCCCCUUCCUGUUUGCUGUGAUGUUUGGAGACCUGGGCCAUGGUGUGAUCAUGGCUCUGUUUGCUCUCUGGAUGGUGCUGUAUGAGGACAAUCGCAAACUGAAACACACCAGGAAUGAGAUCUGGAACACAUUCUUUGAGGGCCGUUACAUCAUCCUUAUGAUGGGCUUGUUCUCGGUCUAUACCGGACUCAUCUACAACGACUGCUUCUCCAAGUCUCUUAACAUCUUUGGCUCGGGCUGGAACGUCAAUGCCAUGUUUAAAUCUGGAAAUUGGACUUGGGAUUCCACACUCCGCACCAAUGCCUUUCUGACCCUUGAUCCCAAUGUCCCUGGGGUUUUCAAUGGACCCUACCCUUUGGGCAUUGACCCGAUUUGGAACUUGGCGUCAAAUCGUCUGACCUUUCUGAACUCCUACAAGAUGAAGAUGUCUGUGAUCGUUGGUAUCAGUCACAUGAGCUUCGGGGUCAUCCUAGGUAUCUUCAACCACCUGCAUUUUAGGAAAAAGUUCAACCUGUACUUGGUACUCCUCCCGGAACUGCUGUUCCUGCUGUGCCUAUUUGGCUACCUGGUCUUCAUGAUCAUCUACAAGUGGCUGGCCUUCUCUGCACGCGACUCCCAGAUGGCCCCCAGCAUCCUCAUCCACUUCAUCAACAUGUUCCUCAUGCAGGACGGGGUGCCACCCCUCUUCCCAGGACAGGUUGGGCUGCAGGUGUUCCUGGUGGUCAUUGCUCUACUAUCGGUGCCUGUCUUACUGCUGGGGAAACCAGUCUACCUCUACUGGCUGCACAACGGAGGAGCCAACCGCAUUGGAAUGUACAGGGGUUAUGAGCGUGUGCGGCGGCACAGCGAGGAGGAGCUCUCCCUGAUGAGGGCAAAUGACAUGGAGGAGGGCAGUGUCCCCAGUGAUCUCUCCACCAGCAGAGAGCAGCAAAAAGAGGAGUUUGACUUUGGGGACAUGUUCCUGCACCAGUCUAUUCACACCAUAGAGUACUGCCUGGGCUGCAUCUCCAACACAGCCUCCUACCUGCGCCUCUGGGCUCUGAGUCUGGCACAUGCCCAGCUGUCGGAGGUGCUGUGGUCCAUGGUGAUGCGGUUGGGCCUGCGGAUGGACACCAGCCUGGGCAUCAUGUUUCUGGUGCCAGUGUUUGGGAUAUUCGCUGUGCUCACUGUGUCUAUCCUCCUGGUUAUGGAGGGACUGUCUGCCUUCCUCCAUGCUCUCAGGCUGCACUGGGUGGAGUUCCAAAAUAAGUUCUACACUGGGACUGGAAUCAAGUUUGUUCCCUUUGCCUUCUCCCUCCUGCCCUCUAGCUUUGAGCAUGAUGGCUUGCUGUGAAUGGGACAAACAAUGCUUCUGCCCUCCCAGAGGCAAACUGCCACAAUGUGCCAGCAGGAUCCAGUGCUAUAUAGCUAGCCUGGGUACUAGUCGUUUGUGCCAUCAUGCCACUCCUAAAUGACAAGGAGUGGCAUGAUGGCACAAACAUAUUGUUACACAGGCUUCUAUUGAGCCUCAUAGACAUACAGUCCAAUUUCAUAUUGUUUUUUUCUACUAUUUGUUGCACUGACAGAUUGCCUUACGUAAGUACAACCAAAUCUCAGUGUAUCAUGCUCUAUUUUCAAUCAAAUGAUAUUCUGGGUUACCAAAACUUUGCAAGGAAAAGCCUCCUUCAGUCAUGUUUGUAAAUGAAAAGUAUUUUUGGAUGAAUGUGGGAGAGAUGUACAUUUUAUUUUAUAGAGUGAUAAAGUUUGAAUGAGAAAUUAACAUUUGAAUGACUAUGACAGGCUUAAAAAAAGUGGUGCAUCACUCUUGAAAGUAUGCAUACCGUGUUGUGCUGAAUUCUGACAAAAUUAUAUUAAAUUAAGAUAUGUUUCCUAUGCCUCCAUCACUUUGUGGAAGACUACUUCUUAAACUGCCCGUUCCAUGGAUGGAAAUGAAAAGUAUAGCUCAAGACAUCCAAUUUGUAAGUCGCUCUGGAUAAGAGCGUCUGCUAAAUGACUUAAAUGUAAUGUAAAUGUAACAUCAUUUAAUGACACCAACAAUCCCUGAUUAUGAAUAAGGAAGGAAAAGCAGGCACUGGACCAGUGCAGAGAUCAAUUCUCUCCAAAGCUUUUUCCUAUAUUCCCAUCCUGUAGCACCAUAACAGGAGGAUGUAGUUUAUGCUGUUGGGUAAUUGUACCUUCAAGAUGGAAAAAUAAGAAAGAGUUAUAAUUUUUUAUUUCGAUUUUUUUUGUUGAUAUUGGUUAAAUGUCCUAAUGAUGGUAUUAAACCCUCUGAAGAGGAGCUAAUUGUUUGAAUUGUGAUUACCACGUAACAUGGAACUUUAACAUUAUGGGGAGCUUGCACCAUGUCAUUGUAAACUCACUUGCUGUGUUAUCAAACAGUAAUGUGCUGUAUCUUAGUGAUGCUUAAAGAUGCCUCUAAAGCAGGAUCCUAUGGGAAAUGCUGCUGUGAAGUUGAGACGAGGGGAGAAUCUCAAUUGCAUACUCCUCGCAUCCUCAAAACCCAUUGGAGGAGAAGUUCAGAGGGGAAGGACCUCUGGCUUUCUCAUCCAAUGGGUUUUGAGGAGGCGAGGAGCGUGGACUCCAGGAGUCUGCAAUUGAGAAUAUGUCUAGGUAAUGUAAAAAUAGUGGUUAGAAAAUACUUUUCUAUAACUAUGAUGACCACUAAUUCUUAGAUGUGAAGUCUGAUUAGCAAUGGCUCUAACGUCUAAUCCUUGAUUACACAAUGUGUGUGGUUUGUUGAAGGGCUUGCUGUAAAUGUUUGUACCUAUUCUAAUGUAGUCUAUUUUAAUCAUAUUUAUUUUAAAGAAUGUAAACAUUUGAUUGAUUCGCAUCAUUAACUCCAUACUUAUAUUAGUGGUAUGCAUACAUUCCUCUGUUUUGGCUUUGCGGAAUUAUUUUAUAUCCGAUAAUGGUGAACAUGUUUUCAGUGUAACAGGUGAAUAAAGCUGACUGAAUAAAGUUGAAUUUGACUGAAAA